AUGAAGCUUCAUUGUCUAAGCUUAUCAAACCAAGCACCAUGUUAUUUGUUAGAAUAUAAAAAUGUUAAAAUAUUACUAGAUUGUGCAAUUGAAAUUUCAACAAUAUUAAAUUUCCUACCAAAAAACUUAAACUAUAACAAUAAUAAUAACAAUAGUGAUAGUGGAAAAGAAAAGGAUCAAGAAUUUAAUCAAUGUUACAAAAAUAUAAAUGGGGUAUUAUAUGUUGACAAUGGAUGUAGCAAUAUCAAAUAUAGUUGUCCAAUAUUUGAAAUGAUUGAUGAUUUUUCAACAAUCGAUGUCAUUCUUUUAACAAACUAUACAAAUAUAUACUCAUUACCAUUUAUUACAGAAUAUACAAAUUUUCAAGGUAAAAUAUUUGCAACUGAACCAACUGUACAAAUUGGAAAAUUACUUUUAGAAGAACUAGUUCAAAUGGAUAAACAGUAUUCAAAUCACAACUACAAUAUAAAUAAUAAUAAUAAUUUAUUUGAUAAAUGGCAAAACAGAGAAAUGCUGACAAAGAUAAAUAUAGCAAAUUACGGUAAUGAAAAUGAAAUAAUGUAUAAAGAUAGCUACAGAUGGAAAGAUUUAUAUAAGAAAUUAGAUAUUGAGAAGUCAUUUGAAAAAAUACAAACAGUUAGAUUCAAUGAAUCAAUUUAUUUUUAUGGUUUUGAAUGUUCAGCUGUUAGCAGUGGAUUUUGUUUAGGUUCUUGUAAUUGGGUUAUAGAGGCAAAGGGAUUCGAAAGAAUGGUGUACAUGUCUGAUACCUCUUUAUCAGUGUCAAGAUAUCCGACAGUUUUCCAAAUGGAACCAUUAGAGAAACCAGACAUAUUAAUCCUUAGUAAACUAAACAACCACCCAAUCAAUUUGCCCGAUGAAAUGUUUACAGAAUUAUCCCUUUCCAUUGGAAGCACAUUGCAAUCAGGCGGUAAUGUAAUUAUACCCAGCUACUCAUGUGGAAUAAUUUUGGAUCUUUUAGAGCACCUAGCAGAGUAUUUAAAUCAAAUGAAUUUAGCAUCUACCCAAAUAUACUUUAUCUCUUCAGUUAGUAAAGCAGUUUUAUCGUAUGCCGAUAUCUAUGCAGAAUGGUUAAAUAAAAACAAACAAGAGAGAUCAUUCAUGCCAGAAACACCUUUUCUUCAUCAAGAUCUAAUGAAAAAGGGCCAAUUAGCAGCAUUUCAACAUAUACAUAGUCAUUUUCAAACUAGCGAACCCUGUAUCAUCUUUGCAGGUCACCCAAGCUGCAGGUUCGGUGAUGUAACAACCCUUAUCAAACAAUAUGGCGAUAAUCCAAAAAACACUGUAUUCCUAAUCGAGCCUGAUUUCGAUUUUAAAACUUUAGUACUUCCAUUCUCAAAAUUAACUUGUAAAUUCCAAUCUAUACCAAUCGACCCAAGAAUUAAUUUUAAAGAUGCAAAUUUUUUAAUUUCAAAAUUAGCACCAAAACAUUUAAUUAUACCAAAUAAUUUUAAAAAUUUUAUUGUAAAUAAACAUUCAAAUGGUAUUAAUGGUUUAAUAACACCAAUUUUACCAUUAGACCUCAUCAAAAUUAAAAAUCAUCAAAAAUAUGAAAAUGGAUUUUUAGAUAAGGAAUUGGCACAAUCAAUUCAAACUAAAAUUAUUGAAAAACCUCAAACCUCUUUAAAUAGACUAAACCAAAUCAAACAACAGAUUCAGCAAUACCAACAGCAGCAGCAACCCCAACUUCUAUCACUCUCACAACCAUUAUCCCAAUUCCAACAGCAACAGCAACUACAAAACCAACAACAACAAAACCAACUUAUACAUGUUGCAGAGGUUACAGGUAUUCUAUCAAUCCACGACCAUGAAUUGGUAAUUUCACCCGCCAACCUCUCUGAUAUUUCAAAGCUAUCUUUUAUAAAGGAAAAAUACCUAUGGGGAACUCUAUCAAAUGAAACAAUCAUAAAUCUAAUAACCUCAAAGGGAUUUAUAAUUGAAAAUAUAAGAAUAGAGAAUGACCAGUAUGAAAUUAAAAUCAAUGGAAAUAGCAACUCUGCCCUCAUCACCACAAAUAACCCCGCCACAAUUUAUCUAUCCUCAAAUAAUGUAAAUAUAGAAACCAAUUGUGAAAUUACCAGAAAGCAAAUCUCUGAUAUUAUAGUUAACAAUUGUAAUGGUUUAUACAUUAAUUAA